AUGUCCUUCAACAAUUUGGAGGGACAACUGGCUCGCUGGUUGGAAAGGCUUCAGGCGUAUGAUUUCGAAGUACUCUAUCGAAAAGGACUUGCUCAUGGAAAUGCGGAUGGGUUGUCUAGGCGUCCAUGUGAGGACUUUGGUUGUCAGUAUUGUGGAAAAGUUGAAGCAAAGGAAGCAUUGAAACAAGAAAAUUUGAUCGCUCGAAUAUCGUUAUCUGAGGAAAAUUCUGAAAUUUGGCGAAAGGAACAGCUAGAAGAUCCUAAUAUUUCUAUUUUUCUUUUAAGUAAGGAGACUGGGGAACGCCCAGCUUGGCGGGAGAUCGCAUCGCGAGAUGUUCUGCAAAGGUGGGAGGCUCCGAGUUUAAAGAAAAGUAUUUUGCAAUUAGUUGUUCCCAGAGGACGAAUUUCGCAAAUAUUGGAGGAGGUUCAUGAUUCUGCUUCUGGAGGCCAUUUUGGGAUUAAUAAGACUCUGGAAAAAGCUCGAAAACGAUUUUAUUGGGCAACUUGUAAACAGAAUGUGGAGGAUUGGUGUAGGUCGUGCAAAAUUUGUAUCGCAAAAAAAGGCCCCUCUGGAAAAGAAAAAUCUCCACUACAGACAUUUCUAGAAGUUCCUUUAGAAAUUCAUACAGUUCAGGGUAGGAACUUUGAGUCAAAGAUGUUUCACGAAUUGGUGAAUUUGUUAGGGAUAAGAAAAACUAGAACUACAGCUUUGCAUCCACAAUCGGACGGACAGGUGGAACGUCAGCAUCAAACAAUUUCAAAUUAUAUAGCAAAAUUUGUGGCCGGAAAUCAAAAAGAUUGGGAUCGUUGGAUCGCGAUGUAUUUGUUAGCUUAUAGAUCUUCAAAGCAUGAAACGACAGGAGUUACACCAGCUGAGCUGUAUUUUGCUCGAGACCUUAGAUUGCUAGUAGACUUAUUAAGAGGAAAUCCUUCUAAAUUAGAAGGGGAAGUUUUUUCAUCCGAGGGUUAUUUAAAUGAAAUUAAACAAAAAUCGCAAGAAAUCCAUGAGGACGUUAGAAAACGUGUUGACAUUAAAUCGUCUCGAACUAAAACCUGGUACGACCAAAAGGCCAGACAGAUUUAUUUCAAGGAAGGACAAAAGGUGUGGCUGUAUAAUCCUCGAAAAAUGAUAGGGAAGACUCCUAAAUUUCAAAGUAAUUGGGAAGGCCCGUACUUUGUUAUAAAGAAACUUAGUGACGUGAAGACUGCCUCGCCUGCGGUUUUUGAUCUGCAGUUUUUCCGCAGGACGUUGGGCGAAUGCCGAGGCAGGGACUUGGGAAAGUCCUUUUUAGGACGAAGGUGCUGCAGAAACGUCAAAUUCCCUACCCUUGUCCGAAGUAAGAAAAAAGAAGUGCGCAAGGCUCAAGAGAAGAGGCAAGAGGAGCAAACUUCCUAA